CGUCUGAGUUUCACUUUUCCGGGGAUUACAGCUGGUAGGAGGUGAAAAUGCUAUUCUGAUUGCAAUCCAUUUUCAGGGUGGGCCUCCAGGACCCGGCUGUCCCUUGAGCUUGGGUGAAGUGGCACAAAUCCCCCUUCACCCUAAGCCAGGGGUACCCGAGGCCACCUCCAUGCCGUCUGGCUGUCCCUCAGUUCUCCCUCCGGUCAGCACCCCAGGACCCUGACCUGCCUUUGGACACCUGCACGUGGAUGAAGGGUACACCUGAGACCAACUGAGAAGACCCAGCAGCCCCCAGUCUCACCCUGAAGGAGAAAAGAGACACGGAGAAUGGUGGAUUUUCCAGGAUACAGUCUGUCUGGUGUGGUUGCCUCUUUCUUCUUCGUACUGUUCACCAUGAGGCAGCCAGAUAGCUGGAGAGUGAUUGGUCCUGCACAUCCUAUACUGGCUAGGAUUGGGGAAGAUGCUCUACUCACCUGUCAAAUCCUUCCCAAGAGGGCCAUGAUGCCCACAAAGAUGACAUGGUACCGCUCAGAUCCCAACGCAGUUGUGUUUGCACAGUGGGAUGGAGCUGAUGUGACUGAGAUGCAAAUGGAGGAGUACAGAGAAAGGGUAGAGUGGAUAAAGGAUGAUGUUCCUGAGGGAAGUGUGACUCUGAAGAUAAACAACAUUCGACCAUCUGAUAAUGGGCAAUACUGGUGCUGCUUCGAAGAGAAGAACUAUUAUGAAGAAACAAGCUUGUUGCUUGAAGUAGCAGGUGUGGGAUCUUCCCCUUACAUCCACAUGGAGGGACCUAUAGAAAGUGGAGUCCAGCUUGUGUGCACUGCAAAAGGCUGGUUCCCAGAGCCCCAGGUCUAUUGGGAAGAUGCCACAGGAAAGAAGUUGCUGUCUGUCUCUGAGCAUUCCAUCCAAGAUGAGAACGGCCUGUUCUAUGUGGAAGCCACUCUUGUGGUGAGGAAUGCCUCUUUGGAGACCAUGUCCUGCUUCAUCCACAACCCUAUCCUCAAUGAGGAGAAGAGCUCAGUCAUCUCCAUUCCAGAGAAACUCCAGAAUGAGCUAGCUUCUUUAAAAGUGAUUGGACCUUCCCAGCCCAUCCUUGUCAGAGUGGGAGAAGACAUACAACUAACCUGUUGUCUGUCCCCCAAGACUAAUGCACAAAGCAUGGAGGUGAGGUGGCUCCAAUCACACCAUUAUCCUGCUGUUUAUGUGUAUGCGGAUGGGGAACAUGUGACUGAAGAGCAGAUGACAGAAUAUAGAGGGAGGACAGUCUUGGUGAGUGAUGCCAUCAAUGAGGGGAGACUGACCCUGCAGAUACACAACGCCACAACGUCAGAUAAUGGGCAGUACCGGUGCCGUUUUGAAAAAGAUGGUGUCUACCAGGAGGCCAGUUUGGAUCUGAAGAUAGUAGGUCUAGGUUCUUCCCCGCUGAUUACCAUAAUAGGACAGAAGGAUGGAGAAAUAGAGUUGAUGUGCAGUUCAGAAGGGUGGUUCCCACAGCCCCAUGUGCAGUGGAAGGACAUGGAAGCAAAGAUAAUACCAUCAUUUUCAGAGGUUCUGACUCAAGGAAGUCAUGGGCUUUUCCAUGUGAAGACAUCUCUAUUGGUCACAAACAGCUUUAUUGUGAAUGUAACCUGCUCCAUUAGCAACCCCCUUCUUGGUGAGGAGAAAAUGGCAACUUUUUCUCUCUCAGAGUCCAUGAUGACUUUUUCAUGGAAGACAGUGCUUAUUUGUGGAUUGCUUCUUGCUGCAGCUGUAGGCCUGGUCAUAAGGAAGAGGUAUAAAAAAGCUGCUUGAAAGAUUUCACGCCAUCGUCAAGCUACCAAAUCAAGAUGCUUUAAUGUCAGUCUGGCUUCAAAUCUGAUCUGGAGACUGAUCCUUCAGAGAACUAUCCUCUCCCAAGCUGUCUGAUAUCCUGCCACUCAUCACAACCUGAUAUGUGAUGACCAAAGAUUCUUAGAAAAUCCAACGGGAAAUGCAAUUAGGCCUAUAGGAGGAAAUGCAAGGAAUUAUUAUUUGAUAUGUUCCUUUACGAAGGUGACAAUUUUCCAAGUGGGGCUAAGUAAAUGAAAAAUACUGUUGAAAAGAGUAAGAGAAAAUACAGCUAAAUGGAAAGAGAAAAAUAUGAUAACUGAGAUAUAAUCUUGAAUAUCAUAUGAAAUGUGGAAUUCCUGUUCCAGACUUUUUCAAAAAGUUAAUAGAGAACUUGGAGUGAAAAAAUUUUUCAGAAAUUCUAGUCCAAGACAAAUGCCAUAUGAUUUAAUUUAUGUGUGGAAUCCAAAAGCAAAACAAAUGAAUAAAUAAACAAAAAGCAGAAUCAGAUCUAUGAAUACAGAGAACAAACUGAUGGUUACCAUAGAGAAGGGGUAGGGGUAUGAGCAAAAUGGGUGAAGGGGAGUGGGAGACAUAGGUUUCCAGUUACGGAAUGAAUAAGUACAAAAAUUAAAGGUACACCAUAGGAAAUACAGUCAAUAAUAUUACAAUAGUAUUGUAUGGUGACAUAUGGUGAGCAUAGCAUAAUAUACAGACUUGUUGAAUCACUAUGUUGUAAACCUGAAAUUAAUGUAACAUUGUGUGUCAACUUUCCUCAAAUAAAAAAAAAUUUAAGUAAAAGAAAUUCUAGUCCAAGAAAAAAAUUAAUUUCUUUUCAUUGUAUCUAUAUGAGAUGAUAGAUGUUAACUAAACCUAGUGUGGUAAACAUUUCCACAAUAUAUACAAAAUGAAUCAUCAUGCCGUGGACCUUACUCUUAUAUAGUGAUAUAUGUCAAUUAUUUAACAAUAAAAGGAAAAAAAGAGAAAAAAUCAUUGUGUCAUGUAUAUGAAGAUAUCAGUUUUAUUUUUAGAGUAAAAAAGUGCACAAUUAAAAUUUAUAAUUCCAAGAUAAAUAUACAUAAGUGAUAAAUGCAACACAUAGCAAAAUUUUUUUAAAGUCAUAAUGAAUUACAGAAGAGAAGCUACAUGUGGAAGAGGAGAGACUCUGGAAAAGGGAAGAUUUGGAAAAAGUCUUAAAGUCUUCUGAAGUGACAAUGAGGAAUACCUACUAAUGGCACUCUGCUGUUUUUUAGGAUGACAGCCAUCACAGUAAUCACUGUCCUUUGAAAAUCAUUCAUUUGUUGCAUCCUGGAGAGUCUCUUUUGGCUCAUAGUAUUUUUUUCUCUGUUUUUUUUUUUAAGUCAUACAUUUAUGUUUGAAACUAUUAUUCUCCCACUGGUAUUUACACAUUUAUAUUACUUAGUUUUAAAUUUUUCAGUUGUGAAAUACACAUAACACAAAACUUAUUAUUUUAGCCAUUUUAAAGUAUACAAUUCAGUGGUAUUUAUGCCUUCAUAAUUUUGUGCAGCCAUCUUCAGCAUCCAGUUCCAGAAUAUUGUUCCAGAAGAAAACUCUAUAACGAUUAAGCAGUCACUAUCCAUAUUCUCCUCUCCCCAGCCUUUGGAAACCACUAAUCUCACUAAUCUAUUUUCUGUCCCUAUGAAUUUGCCUAUACUAGAUAUUUCAUAUAAAUGGAGUUGUAAAAUAUAUGGAUUUUGUUUUUAGUGCCUGGCUUUUUUUUUUUUUUUUUUUACUUAGCAUAGUGUUUUUAAGGUUCAUCCAUGUUGUAGCAUGUACCAGUACUUCAUUCCUUUUUUCUGUUAAAAAAUUUUAUUUUUUUAAGAGCUGUUUUAGUUUUACUACAAAAUUGAGUGGAAAAUUCAGAGCAUUCUCAUAUCCCUCCUCUCUUUCCUCACAAUUUCCUCUACUAUUAAUACCUUGCACUGGUGUAGUACAUUUGUUACAACAGAUGAAUUGAUAUUGAUGCAUUAUUUCCAACUACAGUUCAUAGGUAGGGUUCACAUCAGGGUUCACUUUUUGUGUUGUACAUUCUGUAGGGUUUGGCCAAUGACUUACCAUUUUUGGUACAUUAAUAUACCCUGAUAUACUCUAUAUUUUGAAUACAAACUUAUUAGUAGAUAUGUUAGUUUUGCCUUAAAAUAUUUUUAAUGUUACUCUAUUUUGAUCUAAUAUAAUUUAAAAUGUUUUCUCUAAUAAAGUCUGAAAGUUAACUAUCCCUUUA